CGUGCUAAACUUCCUCCCAAAAACAUUCAUAGGGAUGUUUUCAAUGCGCUUAUAGCUCUCAAAAAGGAUCCGGACAGGCUCGUAUUAUCUGCUGACAAGGGUAAUUGUGUUGUGGUUAUGGACAAACAGCACUAUCAUUACAAAGCUUUGUCUCGGCUUAAUGACAAGAGUAUGUAUGCUGUCUUAAACUCUGAUCCUACCAGUAAAACUCAAAGAAAGUUAAACAAAAUGUUGCUUGAUUUGAAAAAAGCUGUUAAAAUUAGUGACUCUACGUACAAAAUGUUAUACAGUAGUGACGGCUUAUGUCCACGUUUUUAUGGCUUACCUAAAAUUCAUAAACCGGGAAUUCCUUUGAGACCCAUUGUCUCUUUUGUUAAUUCUCCGACUUAUGCAAUUUCUGGUUAUCUUGCGAGAAUUUUGUCGCCUGUUGUUGGGAAUACUGAUUACACUGUCAAAAAUUCCUCCGAAUUUGCGGAUUUCAUAAGAGAUAAAACUCUUGACGCUUGUGAAGAAUUAGUAUCUUUCGACGUUGUUUCGUUCUUCACUAAAAUCCCAGUUGAUGUUGCCGCUAAGGUUGCGGAGGAGAGACUCCGAGAAGACGCUUCCCUGGGACAAAGAACUUUUUUGCCUGUGGAGGAUAUUAUUUAUCUGCUGUCUUUUUGCCUCAAAACCACGCAAUUUACAUAAAACGGCACCUACUAUCAACAAGUUUUUGGUACAGCAAUGGGUUCGCCCGUUUCUGCUGUUAUUGCUAACAUGGUAAUGGAAGACGUGGAACAAAGGGCCUUAGCCACUUCACCGGUUAAACCCUUUUUCUGGAAACGAAAUGUCGAUGAUGUUAUUUCUGCGGUAUCCGGAAAUGAAGCGGAGCGCCUCUUGUCGCAUUUGAAUUCAGUAGAGCCGUCGAUCCAAUUCACCCUUGAGCGUGAAAAGGAUAGACAUUUUCCCUUUCUUGAUUUAAAUGUGUCCAGAGGGGUUCAGGGUAAUUUAGAGACAAGCGUCUACCGUAAACUUACCCACAAAUACCUCGCCGACAAAUACCUCGCCUUCGAUUCUCACCACCCUAUUUGCCAUAAAAAGUCUGUAGCCAAAACUUUACUUAGGAGGGCUGACUGUCUACCAUCUUCACUCGAUUCGAAGGCUGAGGAGAGGAAAUAUGUUUCCAAUGUCCUAAAGGCAAAUGGCUAUACAAAAACUUUUCUCCGUAACCGCCAAAAACCAGUUACAAAUAGUAACGCUCUUGAUGAAAGGGAACCAGCGACUGGUUUUGCUGUUAUUCUUUACAUACAGGGUGUUACGGAACCCAUCAAGAGAAUUUUGAAUAGCCACAACGUUAAAGUUGCUCAAAAACCUUUUCAGACUUUGGGGCAUAUUUUCGCCAAACCUAAGGAUCCUGUCACGAAAGGACAACGAACCGACGCCAUUUAUUCUAUUCCUUGCAAUGACUGUGACAACGAAUACAUCGGACAGACCAAACGUCAGUUUGGUACACGGUUAAAAGAGCACCAAAAAGCGGUUUUCCUUUGCAAAAAGGGAAAUUUAGCUUUAUCGGAGCAUACAUGCCUAACUAACCAUACAAUUGGGUGGGAUAAUUCUAAAAUUAUCACCGCUAAUCGGCGUUACCACCAGCGCCUUUGUUUGGAGGCUUGGCAUAUUAACUACGCCCACGCUCCUUUAAAUCGUGACGAUGGCGGUUUGCUUCCUGACGCCUAUUUACACCUCGUCAGAAAAAAGGCCGCUAAUUAG